UGUCUUUUGGCCCCGGCGACUCACCAUCGCCCGUGCGGAGGCGAUCGCUAGUUGAAAGGAUGGCGACUGGAACGCCAGAUUCUCAAGCGCGAUUCGGCCAGUCCGUGAAGGGGCUUCUCACGGAGAAGGUGACCACCUGUGGUACUGACGUAAUCGCGCUCACCAAGCAGGUGCUGAAGGGCUCCCGGAGCUCCGAGCUGCUAGGUCAGGCAGCUCGAAACAUGGUACUACAGGAAGAUGCCAUCUUGCACUCAGAAGAUAGUUUAAGGAAGAUGGCAAUAAUAACAACACAUCUUCAAUACCAGCAAGAAGCUAUUCAGAAGAAUGUGGAACAGUCAUCAGAUCUACAGGACCAGUUGAAUCAUCUGUUGAAAUAGAAUGACAUGUAAGAGUGCUGUAGCACUCCUUUGCCUAAUGCUGAGGAGUAAAUACUUUAUACAACCGUCCUCUGGGUUUGGUUUUCUAUUUUCUUCUCCAAAAGUUAAGUUAGAAAAGUUCUGUGUUGAUGUACAGUUUCUCCUAAGAAGAAGCGAGGUGGUUGAAUUUUGGAGGCACUUCUUGAAUCGGACUAACCCAUGCUCUUAUUGAAUUCUUUCAGCUGCUGUGUUUAGUUUGAUAUUAAAGCAAAAUUAAAAGAGGUUUUAGUUUUUCCCAUAGAACUUUUAAUAUGUCAAAAGCUAUAUUGUCUGAAUUGCAGUACUUAAGCAAAUACUGAGUAGUGUUUUAAAUUCAGAAAUAGAGCUUCUAUUAUGAACACAUAAAAAUGAUUUUUUCUCUUAAUCAUUAUUAAGGAAAUAUUUUAAUUUCAUGGUCAUAUAAUGGUGAGAAGUAAUACCUGAUUGUUUCCUUUUCUGUUCUAGUAACUCAGAGGAGAUACGUGUUUUAUUUGUGAUAGCAAAUUCCUAAAUGAACAUUAGGCAAGUGGUAUCAUUAUCAGGCCAGCUGCAGCCUCUUGCCUUGACCUGCAUUCCUAGAAUUUCUUUGUUGCUGUAAUUCUUGAUUAAGUGACCUUGACUUUGAUUUUGUGAUUUUGCUAAUCAUCAGCAAACUCACUUGCAUGACGUUACUGCCUAAUAUGAAGGCAGUUGAAUUAUUAUGAGUGAUUGCCGCAGAGGGUUGUGCCAUGGUGAAAACUUUGAUGUUUGUCUGUGUUCAUUGGAUCCAUCUUUUUAAAUGACAUUACCAUGAGUUUGUGGUCAAACCUGAAUAUCUUUGUUUGAAUUUAAAAUGGGACUCUAUAUUGUUCUAGUUCAGGUCUUCAUUUACUAAGAGAUUGAGAGAAAUCUGACGUAAGAAAAUACUGUUUUCACUGCUGGAACAAAGAGGAGGUAACAGUGAAUCCAAUAUAGUUCAUAUUGUUAUCCAGUCAUCAAGUUAACUAAGCAUAUCAGAUUAUGUUUAUUUCUCAUCCAUAUGGAUAUUAACUUAAGGUAGAAAAGCUAGAUGUGAAGGGUCUGAAAAGGCAUUAAUUUAUGUACUAAUUCUGUAAAUAUGUAUUAAUUGCAGUAUUAUUAAAUACAGAUGGACUCAAUUUACCUUUGAAAAGGAAGACCACUAAUUUAGAAAAUGAAGCUAAGUGCAGUCAUUACAAGAAGCAGAGAAAUACUUAAGUUGGAAAAAAAUUAAAAUGAAGGGAUGGUCUAAGUUUUCUUUAUGCUGGAACAAAUAUUAAAGAAGCAACGAUUGCUUACAUUGUAUGUGAUAAAAUAUAUGUUUCACAAUCAAAAUUUUAAUAGUAAAUAUAAGAUAAAAUUUAUAUUAAAUAAUGAAAAUGUAUUUGUACUGAAUUUAGUCACUAGAGAACAUUGUAACAAAAUACAUGAAAGAAAAGUAGCCAGAAAUGUGAGAACAGGUGGAAAUGUAUACAUUAUUUGAUGGGUGUUUUUAAUAGAAAUAAACAACAUACAUAGAAUUAAA